ACACUUUUUAUCCAGCAAAAUACCGACAAUAAUAUUGUUGGAAAAGAUAAAAAUUAUUAGAAAUUUUGAUCGAGACUUUCAUGUUGUUCUUAAAAGCACGUACAAAAUGUCACCGAAACUGCUACUGCUACACGUCAAUCAUGGUUAACAGUUAUCCCUUUCUAGGGGAAUUAGUCCGUCACCAGGAUAAUUAGUUAAGGGAGGGGGUACAGGGGUGCGCAUUUAUCGGGGGCUUCCACCCCAUCGUGGUUACCAAUGCCUCUUGCCUUUGAAACGGACGCUUAGCUUAGCCCCCUUUCCCUGGAUACGCCUUCUCAACCUUUGAUCGUACUCUGACCCUCAAAUCCUUCCACUUUAUAGCUACUGGAAACGUCCCAUUUUUUAUUUCAACCUUUCUACCGUCAUAUAUCUCUGCAAGGGAGCCCAGGCUUGCAAUCAACAUCAACAACUUCUUAACUUCUAGCCUUGUCGCUGGGCGUUCCGUGAUCUCAACUCUCUGACAUUCGGGAUCAAUUUGUUUGCCAUCUCUGAUCCACCUGGCACCGUUUUUUGCAUCUCGUUCGCUCUCCCUUUCGUAAACAAAAUCUGAUCGAGCGUGGAUUGAAGCCCUACUUUUAAACCAGAUUGAGGUCGUUGGUUGGUGUGAAUUUACAGGGUUUAUGCAGGGUGCUGAUUGAGAUCAAUUUAUGUUGGGAUGGUGGAAUAUAUAUCCAUAUUUUGGCUGCCAGCUUUUCGAUUGAUUCAGGAUGCGCGGGAUAAUUCGGGUCCACGUUUUGGGGGUGAAAAAUAGAACAGUUUCCCAGAGAGUUGCUUGUUGACAACCGAGAUGAACUGAUGAGUUGCUCCGAUCAUUUCAAAUCUGUUUGCGAGUUUAACUGCAUGGGUGCCUUCUUUCCUGUUAAGUUAUCCGUUGUACUUAAUUGGAGCAUAUCCGAAGCAAACGCAAGCAGGUGAAGACGAGCGAAUAGAUACAUGAACGACCAAGCUGUCAAGUAUGGAUUUAUUUAUUGAUUUCGUGAUUCGACUUCUCGUCUUCCUCAUCGGCGUCGUGAGUUUUCGACCACGGUUGAUGACGAUGUCGAUGCCUGUUGUCAGCGACAAUGUCGGAUUGUCUGUGCCGUACACCGUCGCUGAGUUGAUGGCGAUCGUUGACGUCCACAACCAGGAGAGGGGUAACGUCUCUCCAACAGCAGCCGAUAUGGAAUAUUUGUAUUGGGACGAAGAGCUGGCAGCCGCUGCAGACGGUUGGGCUGUCAAGUGUACCCUGCAACAUGGUAAGCCUGAGAACUCGACCAUCUCUCGAUUCGGCCAGAACAUUUGGGCUGGUUACGGCCGAUCCAAAUGGGCGCUACCCGAGACCACCAGCUCUUCCCGAGCUUGGACCAACGAGGAUCGAUUUUACGACUACGAGACGAAUUCCUGCGAAGAGGGCCGAAUGUGUGGCCACUAUACACAGAUCAUAUGGGCAACAACUAAGGCGGUUGGAUGUGGGCGAGCUUUCUGCAGGCAGAAUGAGAACAUCACAUUUGACCGAUGGAUUGUCGUCUGUAACUACCUAUCCGGGGGUAACAUACGAGGAAGGCAGCCAUACAUAGCUGGACCAAGCUGUUCAAGGUGUUCCUCUGGAAAUGGGCAGUGCUAUAAAAACAAAUGUCGUCCAUGUUCGGAGCAUACAGACCCCUGCGAUUGCAACCUUAAAUGUCAAAACUGUGGAAAACUUGACCGUGAAAGAUGCACCUGUUCGUGUCCAAAGGGCUGGCAUGGAAACGAAUGUGGAAAGCCGUGUGUGGACACCCAUGAGUAUUGUGGAAGAAGCCCCGGAUGGCCGGCGCGUUACUUCUGCCCAUUCGCUCCCUACAUACCUCGAUAUUGUCCACUCAUGUGUGGUGUUUGUGAGGCUGAGGAUCCUGAUUUCGUUUGUGAAGAGACUAGCUCAGAUGGUGGAUGGGAGACAACAGAUGCUAUGACAACUGACAACACUGAGGUUGGCAUGACCACCGACAGAACAACACUUGAUGACAUCACAACGGACAUACCAAGUUCAUAUAAUGACAUCACCAAAGGCAUAACCACAUCAUAUCGUGACGUCACAACAACACCUUUUCCGACGACGACGCUUGAUGUCGAAACCGCCAGCCAAGAAAUACCGUCUACUCAAAACCUUGACGAAGUUUCAGGAGAAACAGAAGGAAUUGGUCUAGAUAAUGUUGUAACGACACCCUCAACGGAGGGCCCACAUUGGGUAGAACAACUCGAACGAGAAAUUCUUGAUCGAGGCAAGCAAGUGAACUACGCAGCGAAGAGUACUGACGGGGAGUUUUCCAAUCAGCUAAGAUCGUUGAUAACGAAUACAAGCUAUGUUGAUUUGAAGGAAGGUGUAGAAAUAUCGGCGCAGAAUGGAAUACAUGUAGAGAGGAUAGUAGAAUCUUCUGGUACAGACGGUGAUGAGAUGGAAAUCAUCUCAACAACUCAACUACCAGUAUUAUCAUCUUCUGUAACAAGGAGUUCCAGUGGAACCGAUUCGGCGUCCUUGACAAAAGACAUGGUCAUGACUAGAACGGAAGCGUCUGAAAUGAUCAUACCAACACAUGCUCUCAGUACUAACAAUCACCUGUCUACGUCAAGUGAGGAAUAUAGUACGGUGUCGCCCGAUUCAUCAAUCUCGCACCGACCAACAACAUUUGUUCCAGAACUACAAAGGACAGAAAACACUAAAUCAAAUUCGACAGUGGGAGCUACGAUUACUGAAACUAAACGGCCAAUAGAGACCUUGCUGGAAGCAGCCACCUCCAGAACCACUGUACAACAAGUCACACCAACAAACAGGGUUAACGACGUGUCAACCCUUGGGGUCUCGACUGAAGCAACGUCUGCAAAGUAUCUUUCAACUUUAAAUUCAACAACUGAUCUCUCAAAAACCAAAAAUGAAGGUGUGAAAGUCCAAUCCAUUACAGGUGCUUCUGGAGACCUGACGAAUGUUCCAGUGUCCCGAAAACAACUUGGUUUCAUCUCCAAAGAUCUUUGCGGGAGAACUUUCACAGCUGUUGCAGCAUUGGGUCCAACGCUCUUCCUUUUCCAGGGACAACAUCUCUGGCGUGUCAAUGUAUCGAGUGGACAAACUUUGUCAUCUGAGAAGGAGACUGUACAAUCUUACUUUGGCCUCGACGGACAGAAGGUGACGGCUGCUUUCUAUCGUGAAGCAGUGGAUGAGUGGACUAUUUUUACAUACAUCGAUGUCUUCAUCAUCAGAAACCACUCACAAUCACAGAAAACCUCCGACUUCCAUCGAAUGCGAGUAACCGAGCUCGGGAUACCUUUCGGGGUCGUCGUCGACGCCGCCUUCCACGACGACAGUCGCAAGAAAUCGUACCUCUUCACGAACCGAUGGGUGUGGAGGUAUGAUGACGAGAGGGGCGAUUUGGACAUCGGCUACCCAAGGCGAAGCCAUCAUGAGUUUCGUGGACUGAUGCAACAUCGCCCGUCAGCUGCGGUAACUUUAAAUGGAAAGCACUUCAUCUUGUACGGAAAGAAAUAUAUGGAAAUCGAUCGAGAUACACAUCAAAUUGACGAGCGGAGAGGGGAACACUUUUUCGAAGAUCAUUUCGAUUGCUUAAUAGAUAAUUGAUAACACAUGACUCCCAUCAGCAUAAGUACAACUUUGGAAUAUUUUUGUCAGGUGCUUUCAGAUUCUUUGAAGCUUAUUUUGUUUAAUACCCUAAAUUAUUAUCAAUUACUACAUGUGGUUUGAUUUUAUAAGGAGAGUCUCUGAAUGUAGUUGGUUGGGAUAUACUUACAUUUGCAUUUCUGUCCCUUCCUUUCUUGGUCAAACUUUGCAUAUUUCUGAAGAAAAACAAAUCAGAACCCGAAAUCCUGAUCAUGAUUGGUCUUUCAUGUCGUAAAUGUAUUACUUCCCCCAGCAGUGCCUAUAUGCUGUGAGAGAGCAAGUCGAGCGCCCGAUGGGAACCCGAAAUCAUAUGGUUUAGAAAGUAAUGUCGGUUGAAAUUUGCUUCUCAUUCUUGACAAUGGAUCCUCACGUCCAAAGUAGAGGUGGAUCACGCAGGACUAUGAGAACCGGUGGGGGGGGGGGGGGGGUGGGGUGUUUGUCGUAACAUGUAGUAUAGGCGUAUUUAUAGCUGAAUGAAUUUUGUAUUGAUAGUAUGAGUAUAGUGUAGUUCUAGUAGUAGAAGUAGACUAGCAGUAGUAGUAA